UCAGGGAGGGGAUUAAAUUGUUUCCUGCUCGUAGUCACUGAUUGUGGCAAGCUUCGUGCGGUUUGCACUCAAUAUUAACCAAGGACCAGUGAAUAAGUGAAUGAUGGCUGAUAAAGAGAAACGACCCAUUGAGGGAGAUCCAGUAGACCCUUCAUCAGGGAUGCCUCCUUCAUAUGGAACAGACAAUGCUUCUCCCCCCUCUUAUGACGAAGCAAUGGGUCCACCACCUUCAUAUCAGUCCUUGUUUGGUGAAAUCCAAGAAGCACGCUCCAGUUCCAGUGGAGUGCUUGACUUCCUGAAGAAACUCUUUUUGAUACUUAUUGGAACAAUUGGAUGUACCAUAAUGAUUGGGCUGGUCAUGGCUAUUCCCAUAGCUAUGAUAGUCAUAGGAGCUAAAUACAAAGACCAGUGCCGUGUAGAAGAUAAGAUUCCCAUCUAUCUUAUUGUUGGUGGAGCUGUGGGUGUGUUCAGAAACCUCAUCUCCUUGUGUCAGCGGGCCACAAAAUCCAAUAAUGAUGAAGAUGAAGAUGAGAAGAAGAAGCGCCCUUUCGAGGGCAUCCUAGACUGCUUCCUGUUUAUCUGGUUUAUUUGUGGAAAUGUCUGGAUAUAUAAGAAUUAUAAGCCCGACUUUAUUGACUCUGAAGGUGAUAAAUAUUGUAACCAAACGUUGUAUCUGUUUGCAUUUUGGUUAACAACCUCCACAUACAUUUUAGCAGGGGUCAUGUGUUGUUGUGUGUGUUGUGUGGGUGUUUGUGCUGCAAUAUUUAAUGCUGAUGAAUGAAAUCUCAAGUGUUAAGGGUAGAUGCAAAAUUGUUACCCAUAUGGACAGGAAUGUGCCACUGAAGUCUACAAAGACACCAUGUAGUCACACAAAAUUGCCAUUAAGGCAGUCAUAAUUUUUUUUAUAAAAUCAUAGGUGAUCAAUUCAAAUGAACCACUGCUCAGUUAACUUACAGCACUGAGUUACUCUCUAGCUAGUUCACCCAGAUGUGGUUCUAUGCAGUUCUCUCCAAUAUUGUGCACCCAUAAUUCUAUUGGUUUUUCUUGUUUCCCAUAAUUAAUCUAAGAUAUUAAGCUCUUGCUGCAAUAUACUGGUUGGCAUUUCUAUGCCAUUGAAUUGAUACAAAAGGUGCCUUGAAAUAUGAGUCAUUGAGUAUUUAGGUGCAACUUCAUCAGAGAUCCUGUAAUAUUUAAGGAAGACAUCAUAAUAUGUAUUUCAAAGCACUGUUUGCAUUUGAAUUGGUAUAAAGUGAUUUUACAAAAUCUACUUUUCUAGACAGCUGAGCAAGGAAGCUCACCCUUAUAAACAAUUUUGGGUGUUCUACUCUAGUCUGAAACAACAUUUCAGGGUAGCAAGCAGUUUAGCCUAUUUUUCUGCAAGUCCCUCUGACUUUUGGAAUUAAUGAUUCUUAAUAUUAAUAUAUUAAUAUUAAUAGUAUGUAAUAAUCAUGGAGACUUUGUAGGUUUUGAUUUCUCUAGAAUAAAAUUUGUAUCAGGGCUAUAA